AUGGAAACNGAGCAAAACAAGCGGAUUGCACGCACACUCACACUGCAUGUGAGUGCAUUCAGGUCAAGUGAUACAGAUUCUCUUAAAAAGUUCCCUUCAAAGUCUUGCCCUUUAAGGUAUGGGACUGCCAAGAUUCAAGACGAUGCUUUUAACCUAUUUCAAGCUGGAUUACGUGAAUAUUUAGGCUCAUAUGGAGUUAAAACUCAAGGAAGUCAUUACAAUGGAUGGGGAGUAACAGCUCUUUCUGUUUCAGCAAGUAAAAUUGUUCCUACAUUGUCUGGAACAUGUUCAAUCACGAAAUAUUUCCAUGGCCAAGAUGCAUCUGAUUCUUCUUUAAAGCAAUUACCUGAUACCUUUGCUGGAAAUAUCGCACUGUUGUCACCUUCAGGCAGUGAAAGCUAUUCAGAACUGAAUCCAACUGAACCACAAGUCAAGUUCCCUAGUGAAGAAGUGCGAAUGAAACUUUCUGUGGCUGGUUUGGGUCAACAAGAAGAUCAAUCUUGCUCCAGUAUACAGCAGGCAUCAUGUAGCUUCACCCCAGAAGUUUCACCAUUCUCUUGCUCAGGAAGUGAAAGCUUUUCAGGACUGAACCAAAGUAAGCAACAGAGGGAUCAGGUUCAUUCUGAUGACUCCAGGAUUAAACCUAUCAUGACUAAUUUGAAGCAGCAGGAACAAAAGAGAAAUGCUUUGAAAGACAAGGGAACAUCUUCAAUCUUGAAUUUCUUUAAGAGCCAGAAUCCUUCUUGCUCAUCAUGGAAGCAGGAGCAUGUUGAAACUUCUCAAAAUGCUAAAGCUACAGUAGGCGAUUGCUGUUCAAAAUUGAUUCAAGUUCAGGAGCCAAUAGAGAGUUUUUUACCGGAGACCGCAACAAACAGUGGCAGGUCCAGUUCAGAUCAAAUUCGACAAACAAGUGAAGCAUGGAAUUACAGGAUUGAAGAGAUUGACCCCACUGUGAUUGAUGAAUUACCCCCACAAAUCCAAGAUGAAAUCCGAGCCUGGCUCCGGCCACAUAAGCGACCUAAUAUAGUGAAACGAGGUUCUUCCAUUGCUGAUUAUUUCUUACCAUCCAAAAACAGAUGAGAGAAUCCCAAGUGAUAUCAUCCUGUAGAAAGCUAUGUUCUCUAAAUCAAAGUUCUAUGGAGUCACAUUUGUAUCUGUAAGUAUCAUAAAUGUUCUUCAUUCUUAAAUUGCGCUGCACACUAAUAUGUGAGAAAAUGAUACAGAACAUGUAUGAUAGUAGAAAUUAAAAAAAAAAAAAAAAAAAAAAAAAAAAAAAAAAAAAAAAAAAAAAAAAAAAAAAAGGAAUGUCAAUUAUUGUGGUUAGUGCUAUCAUAGGCUGCUCCAGUGUAUAUAAAAUUAUGGAAAUUGAAGGUGAAGGGUGAAUUAGAUUUGCUUUAUAUCAUGAUAUGUAUAUUUGGGUUCAAUGUAAUUCAUUUUUCCUUUAUGUAUAUGAUCUGGGAAUUAUGGGUUAUACUUUUAGAAAUAUUUAUUUUGUUUAUGGUGCUAUGAAUUACAGUCUUGUAUCUGCACGCUUAAGUUCAUAACAAUUAGGCUUGGCCAAAAACAAAUGUCGUUUAGUUAUAUUUAA